UCGUGGAUAAAGGGAUAACAGCGGGAUUAUACCAUAUCGCAUUCUCACUCCAGUAUCGAUACGUAGCUCGAAGCCAGAGAAAAUGGAACUCAUACAUAUUAUUUUCGUGAUUUCUACCGUAACAGGAAUGGCAUGGGGACAAACGUGUGCUCCAGGAGAGUGCUCUGAAUCAAGUCUACCUAAGCCAAUGGGAACUGGACUAAGUGGAUACACGCCCGGCGGGAAUGGAUGCUAUAGUGACGGGACGACGGUGACGUAUAUCUGUACGGGAUCACUGAUUGGUCCGCCAAGUACUCAGUGCGACGGAGGGGUGUGGAUUCCACCAGUCGGACCAACCUGUGAAGCUGCGAGCGGUUGUACGCGACCUCAGCUCCCGUCAAACGGAAACGUCACGGAAUAUAAAGAUGAGUACGCCCUCUACGAGAGGAUCACAUAUAGCUGCGAUGACGGCUAUUCUAUCAUUGGCCCGCAGGAGGCAGUGUGCGAUUCGGGAGGGAUUUGGGAUCCCUCUAACAUACCUACUUGUGCAGCAUCGUGCACGGCCCCGUCGAUUCAAAAUGGUGGACCCAAUGGAACAUUUGUCAACGGUGAGGUCGUCACUUACUCUUGUGACGUCAAUUAUACCCUGAUUGGUGUGUCGACUGCGACAUGUCGGGAUGGACUGUGGGAUCCUGAUAAUAUCCCAGAAUGCCUUGAAAAAUGUCUACCACCGAUCGUUGCCAACUCGAACUUCGACACUCAACAGGACGUCAUCGACCACGGUAGUUCGGUAGUCAUUGAUUGCGACCCCGGCUACUCAACGGGAUCGUCAACCAGCACCACAGUCAAUUGCAAUGAAGGAUCACUGAGCAAUCCCUCCCCUGCAUGCUAUGAGAACUGUUCACCCCUUGAUGCUUUCAUGAAUGGCCAAGUGACCGGGGAUACAAGCCCGUUUUACCAUACAGAAACCGUGUCCUUCGUAUGUGAUCCUGGUUUUACCUUGGAUGGUCCUUCAAGUAUAUCGUGCUUCGACGGGAAUUGGGAUGCCCCGCAACCAAUGUGCAUGGGAGAUUGCCCUGACAUCGUACCUAAGCCAAACAGCGCCUUCUUCGGCGCAGUAUCUCCAUUCCACCACGGAGAGACUGUGACCUUCACAUGUUACAAUGGGUAUGACGUAUACAAUGGAAGCCUUGUGUCGACGUGCCAGGAUGGGCAAUGGAGUUCUGAGCCUCCAUUUUGCGCAGAACGAAUAACAACUACACAAGCUGCCAGUACAAUGGGAAAUUCUGUAACAACGGGCAUUCCUUCAACCAGCAUGACCACUGUACAGGAAACAACACCCGGUACAACGCCAACGUCAAAUAUUCUAACCUCAUCCAAAGCGUCAUCCACCGACGUCCUUCCAACGUCGUUAGUGACAAUUACCGAUAUUGUGACUGAAAUAAAGACAACACUACUCGGCAUUUCAACGAAUAAGUCACCGUCAAGUUCUAUACCAGAAGUUACAACAAUAACAGCUAUGAAAACGACAACGGUCGUGACGCAGAAUAUGAUGUCAUCAGCAGUCAUGACAUCAGAGAUGACGUCAUCAGAGAUCACGACGUCAGAGAAGACGUCGCCCACUGAUGCAGUGGGAGUGACGAGUCGGUCGACGCCGGGAAGCGCAAGUACGGCGCACUCAGACGUGAGCACACAGAGUAGGCUUACUUCGUCACCUGCUCAGGGAUCGACGACAGCGCAGGCGAUUGUGACGUCGGAGAAGAUCGGUUCAAUGACGUCAGCUGGUGACGAUAUGACGGCAUCGCCUGGGAUGAACGUGUCGAUAUCAACAACGGCGGGGUCAUCUAAAGGAAUGACCGAGGAUCAAAAGGUAGUUGUCAUCGUAUCGGCCACUGCCCUCGGGGUGUGCACCCUUCUCGCCAUCGUCAUCGCUCUCAUCAACUGUCAUCAUACUCGACAAGGAACAUCGGACAAAAACGUUUACGAAACCAACGGACCGAAAACGAACAAAUCUCAACACGCCUAUGAUAAUAAUGGAAUAGUACUUGUCAAUACGCAUUUGUAGUUAUUUAUGAUGUUAUUCGAUAAAAUCCUGAUUUUUUAACGAUAAUAUGCCAUAACAACCAAUGAAACCGCCUCAAGACCGACCAAAGAUUUGUUUACGUUGAUUCCGAUUACAUUUAAAUACUAUUGGUUGGUUGAGAGUCGAUUUCGUUGGUUUGACUAACAUUAGCGAGUUUUCGCGACCACUACGUUUUCUGGAAUGUAGGGAUAAUCUAUUGUAAAAAGCUGCAUUGUCGACAGUCGGUGAAUAAAAACAGCAGUGUCGUCUUGUAGUCUGGACGAACGACAUAUUUGCAACUUUCGUCAGUUCCGAAUCCGAUCUGCUGUCCCGAUUCACAUUUUCGACAAAGACCUCUUAGCUUUUUCAUUGUGAUCAGGACUCCGUAACACAAAUAUUUGCAAUGAAUUGCAAAUAUGAAAGAACCUCACUGAUUGGUCCCUGGUCAGUAUGUGAAACCAAUUGCGCGUGUAACAUUGAUAGUGAUUGGUCAGUUCAUUUAGCGAUUGAUCGCUAAUCUUUGUGUUACGGAGCCCUGGGGCCCGUAAAAGCUUAGCAAUGAUCGUAGAACAUUUUUUUCUACGAUGAUUCCAUUGACUACGAUGUACAAUCAAUCGUGAAAAUCAAGCGUACGAUUAAUCACUAAGCUUUGUGUUACGGGACCCUGGAGGGCAUUUCCAAUAGAUUUACUGUGUUGUAGAAUCCGUCCCCGCUGCAAUUGUGAAAACUCGCUAAUAUGCGUCUUUCAGCGACGCGGGCGUAUGGCAAGCCAUUUUAAUAUAUGUAUUCCUUGAUAUCAAGAAUUCAUAAUAAUGAUAAUAAUAAUAGUAAUAAUAAUAAUAUAAUAACAAUAAUAAUAACAAUAAUAAUGUGAUUUAUAAAGCGCAAAAUCCACUAUGUAGAGUGCUCAAGGCGCAUAAAGAGCUAAGAAUUAAACAAAAGAGUUUUGAGAAAAUUAUUAAAAGUCUAGACAGAGAUACAAUGGAAAAUUUGAUGUAAGUUCAUUCAAGAAGCACAUUCUCGAUGUCAAGAAUUGUAUUUCAAGUAAUUGGUACAAAAUAAUGUUUAAAGGGCUUGCUAUACACCCGCGUCGUUAAAAAAAAACGCCAGCAACAAUAACAACCGUACGUUCCUGAGCGAAAACUCGCUAUUAUCAUUAUGGAACACAGGCACAUCGGGAACCAAGUGCCGUAACACAAAGAUCAGCGAUUAAUCGCUAAAUGAAGUGGCCUAUCACGGUCAACGUUGUACGCGCAUUUUGCUCAGUGCAUUGACCAAAUAAGCGAUUAAUAAUUUUUUUACUUUCAUAACAUAGGCCUAAACAUUGGUCGUGUAACUCGAUUUGGAUUCGGUUUCCUUGUCGUUCCUAUUAAUAUAGCAUUAUAUUGGACAUGUUAGAUUUUUUAGUAUUUAUAGCAUCAUUACUGCUAACUGUCAUUUCCCCCCCGGGGGGUGGGGGGUUAAAUAUAUUGCUGUACACACGCGAGACAAAAAAAAACGCGUUUAAAGGGGGUGUUUUUUUCAGUUUUGGACGCGGGCCGCGCGUGCACUCGUUAAGGGUAUAAAAAACACCGAUUUUCAAAAAAGGGGGUAGUUUUGAAAGACUGGUCAAUGGUCAAUCGCAGGGUCAAACGUAGUUAGGGUAUGUUUUUUUCCCCAAGCUUUUUCCCCGGGGUCAUAUUUUGGCGACAACCUGUUUAAGGGCCAAAUGUGUAAAUAAAGCCCGCGAAAAACUUGUUUAGGGGGUGUUUGGAAAUAAUUUGGCCACGAGUGUGUACAGCAAUACAUUUGACUGCCCCCCGGGGUCAUUUCCAUGUAAAAUAAAGAAGGAACAAGUAAAAGUGAACAU